AUGAAAAAUAAAAUUCUUUCUUUCCUGGCUGUCAAUGUCAAACGAAUCGUUAUAUACGUCUUUUCUUCGAGUGACACACCUCUAAUCAAAAUUCCUCCAGCUGCGGUAAACGAAGGGAAUUCUCUCCGAACUGCUAAUUGGUGGUCGGAGAUGUUGGCGGCGUGUGAGACGGGGGAAGUGUUCGCGUUGCUAGAGGCGCGUGACUCACUCGAGAACUUCGCGGCACUCUACAGCUCCGUGCGCGAACCCUGGCUCACGCGCGCCUUACUGUUGUACCACGCGCGGACGGGCUCGGCGCGCGCCUUGGAGCUGCUGGCGCGGGCGCCCGACCCUCACGCGAGACACCUACUGGAUGCUUUAUUGGAACAAGUGCGAGGGGAACGUGCUGCUAGGUUGCACGCCCUGUCGGCGCUAGCACCGCUCGUGGCCCGCCGCCCGCCGUGGCUCCGCUGCCUGCCCUCGCACCCGCUAGCUCGAGACCUGCUGCGAGCCGCUCGGGAUGAACGCGCGCCGGUGCCCCUGCUGCACGCGCUCCUCACCCUCGCCGCCCUGUUACCGGCGGAGCCCACACUAGCGACCCCUCACUGGCCCGACCUGGCCCAAGCCCUCCUCCGCCCCGCCGCUCUAGAUCCACCACCCAAGCCCCCCACCCGUGACCACCUCCAGCUCGCACAACUGGCUCUCUUCCACGCUCUCUACGCGACUCAUCCCUGUACACUGAUAGAGACCCUCCGCGCCGAGUGCACGUCUGUGAGCGCGCGGAACAUCUGGGAGAAGGGUCUGGCUCCUCUUCUACGGUCCGUCCGUCUUCAUCCUGCGUUAGUGACGGGGUCACGGCAGCGCGAGGCUGACGCGGCUCGAUGGGCCCCGCUGGAAAUACAUGACGUGCUCGCUGAGAGUCGACGACUGUCUGUACGAGUUCGGGACCGGCCGGAAGAUCGAACUCCUCACCCUACCCCGGUCCCCGCGGCCCCCGCCUACUCCUCGUCGAUGACAGGUGCUCCUGGUUCAGGGGCACAAGCAGCCCGCGCCGCCUCCGCGCUGCGGCCGGGCGCGGAGCCUUGGUUCGCCCUCAGCGACCGCUGUGGCGCCGACUCGGCUCCGAACACUCCUCUGCCUGCGGACACUGACUCGGCGGAACCUCCAGAGGCAGCAGUAGAGGCGACACCGGAAAACACACCGGCUAAAGAGACCCGGGCUCAAUUUCGCUUCCCCACUGACUCAGCCGCCGUGCGAGCCAUCGGUCGACGCUCGCAGCCGCCGUCACCUCUGAGGAAGGAGACCUCGCCUCCCACAGGCACUACAAGUGCGUCGGGCGUCAGCGAAGCGUAUUCGGGUCGGUUGGCCCGCGUGGCCAUGGAGAGGCGCGCGGCGGAGUCUCCCGUACCGUUCGGAGGACAUCCCCCGCCUGUAGGAGCCGUGGCGCGCCCGGAGCCGACUCGGUCCGCGCCGGUCGUGGACCAGGAGCCUCUCAACGUAGAGGACCGCGAGGUUUUGGAGCUAACGGAACGAGCGCGCGUGGAGAGAUCAUGGUCGAGCGCGGAGGAGCGGACCCCGGUGGCGAGGGACCCCCGCGCGACCCGCCCCGCACAUGAUCCGACGCCCCGCGCUGCACCCGCGCCGCCGCCGCGACGUGCAGCCUCCUGUUCACCGCGCCCUCGGGCCGCUCGCACAAACACCGUCGCGGUACAAACUCUGGAUGUGUGGCCGGCGCCCUACGAGUUCCUGAUAGCGGACUUCCAUCGUAACCUGCCAGACGAAGACAGGAAACAGUACAUCGGUAAGAAGAUCGAAGAGCUGGUGAUGCCGUGCGAGAGACUCGACAACUACCUGUCAGAGUUGUACUCGGGCCGGACCAUCGGCGAGGGGUCCGAGCUGAAGGAACAACUGGCGCUAGUACACGCUCAGCUCAUGUACGAGAGGUGGAGGAGGGAGGCGCACGCUGAGAGGAACAGGCGCCUGCUGGGACGGUGUAGACAGGCGCGCGCGCUCGAACUACAGAACGCAGCGCUCAGGGACCGGCUGCGGGCCGCACACCACGAGAGAGACGAACUACUGGCCAGGCUCGCCCGGCCCGCGCCCGCAGCACACGCUGAGCCUGCAGCGGACAGGGAACACCGGCUGGAACAGGCGCUGGCCGAGGAGAACGCCGCGCGUCUGCGGGCCGAGGCCGCGCUCAAGGAAGCAGAGGCGCAGCGGGCCAUCGACGCCGCGGAGCUGCGGCGGACCAGGGGGGAGUCCUUCGAGGCCGCAAGACACGUGGAGGCGCUGGCGCGGGCCGCCCUCGCCGCGGAGAGGCGCGCGGAGCACGUGCGGCGGCUGAGGAGGGAGCUGCUCAUACUGGCCGAGAGGGAGGCGCGGCUUACCGGGGAGGUGAGGGCGGCCGGCGGGCCCGGGGCCGCGGAGAACGAGCGGGCCGCCGCCGAGGAGCGCGCGCUCAGAGCGGCCCUCGCCCGCGCGGAGACGGACGCGGAGAACGCUACGGCACGAGCGGACGCGGCCGCCGCGCGCGCGCACGAGAUGGAGGCGACGCUCGGGGCCAGGGACGCCGCUAUAGGGGAGCUGAAGAGAGCGGCGAGGGACGCGGCCGAGGAGCACGCGGCCAGGAUCAGGGCGCUCAAGGAGAGGUGCGCGGCGCUGGGGCGGGCCGUGCGGGCGGGGGAGGCGCGACGACUGGAGGCGCUGGCGGGCGAGGAGCGGCGCGGGGCGGGCGGGGAGGGGGCCGGGCGCGGCGCGGGGGGAGGGGGCGCGCGCGGCGGACGACCCGCGCUGGCCGAGUGCGGCCGCGUGCGGCGCCUGCUGGAGCACGAGGACGAGCCCGAGCGGAGCUGA